AGUUUACGGCGUGGCACUUCCAAUGGCAUUGUAUUUCCGUCGAGCCCGUCUGAUGGGAGCAUCCAGUCGAGGGACCAUCCUGGCUGCCAUAGACAAUCGAGUCGUAGACGCUAAGUUCAAGCUCCUUGAGAGGAAUCUCGCUAGAGCGGUGGACAGAACGACUGUACAGCGGACAAAGCAGCUGGCUGAUGCGUACUUGGACGAGUAUGACCGGGUGUGUCGAACGAAUGAGUCCAAGAGUAUCCUCGCUAGAAUUAUACGAAGUUCACAAGAACGAGCGGAAGCUCUUUUUGAGAGAGCGGUUACUUUAUACCAGUCUCUGCUACAUCAAGUUGUCGAGCCGGAAGGCCUACACGCAUGUGCCGUGUCCCUACUUGAGUAUAGACGGCCAGAGUUGUAUCCCUAUGCAGUUGGUUUUGCUCGGAAGCUCGCGCUUCACCCAGUGUGCACCGCAGAGUUCGCAACGAAGUCGCCUUUCCAAGAGAGAGCUACUCAAUAUCAUUAUGCCACGUCGUUGGUCCUUCUGAAGCAGUCGGGCCAUUGGGACUUGGCAGAAGAGUUAUUCGAAGAAGCACGCAAGUACGAGUGGAAUUCGGAGUGUCCGAUUGCAUGGACAUCAAUCCUUCAAACGCCGGCGAUAUUCAUCCCGGAUCUGCGGCCUCCACAACCAUGGUGGGACGAGAGGAAAGAAUUGCCUAUGAACGAGGCACUCUUAGAGAAUCGGGCUAUAAUAGAGAAGGAACUGCGUGCUUCCCUUCGUGGUGUGCGAUGGACCAUGCAAGAUGUGCAGCCUAUGCUCACGGACCCUGGUGGGAAAUGGCAACAGUACCAGCUAUACACAGAGCGAGCUACAACCGCAUUUUCUGAGUCCAUUUUUCCCAAGACCUCCCACCGACUGGUCAAAGCAUUGCCUGGAAGAACACGAGCGACUAAGAGUUUCCAAGGCCUACCUUAUGUAUCGUACAAUAACGAGGAGAUCACAAUUAUUCGGAUGACCCCCGGUACGAGAGUGGUUCGCCACAAUGGCGGUAGUAAUGCACGGUUGACCAGCAUUAUGGGCCUCAUUGGAUGCGAGGGCGUUUGGGUCGGCUGUGGUGAUGAUGAGAGAGAAAUAAAAGCAGGCGAAGUCAUCACUCUUGACGAUAGUGUUGAUCAUUGGUACCGCCAUGAGGGAACUGAGGAGCAUUGGCACAUCCUCGUUGGAACGAUGCAUCCUGACCUAGUGGAUAAGCCAUGGAUAUUCACAAAUUGUUUCAAUGGACAUACAGAGUUCGAGAAGAUCAGGCUUGAUAAACUGCAGGAGUACAAGAAAAUGGCCGACGCAAUUGGUUACGAGUACCCCAUCAAAGGCCUGUGGGAUCCCGAGCUUCGGAACAUGUAUCUACCAACGCCGGGUAAGUUUGAGAGCUUGGCUAGCUCAUGAGAUAAAACACGAUU